GGACAUAACACUAUAACAGAACAUAAACAAACCCCAAAAAGUGUCUUAAGUAAGAACCAAGAAAGAAGUUUUACUUUUAAACCAUUUUUAGCAUUAUGGCUUCAGUUCAAUCAGGAUAUGGAAAAGUAGACCAAGCUCAAGAUCUAGCAUUGAAGAAAAAGACAAGAAAACGUCUAAUUCUACUAUCAGUCUCCGGCGUAAUCCUCGUCUUGGUAAUAAUCGCCGCCGUAGUCGCCGCCGUGGUUCACAACAAAAACAAGAACUCCUCCGAGUCAACACCGAAUCCACCUCCCGAGUUAACACCAUCCGCCUCACUCAAAACAAUCUGCGGCGCGACUCGUUACCCUGAUUCUUGCUUCAACAGCAUCUCAAAGCUUCCAUCCUCCAACACAACCGAUCCAGUGAUCCUCUUCAAGCUCUCGUUAAAGGUCAUCAUCGACGAGCUCGACGGGAUAUCCGAUCUACCGGAGAAGCUUUCCAAGAAGACAGAGGACGAGAGGAUCAAAUCCGCGUUAAGUGUUUGCGGGGAGCUUAUCGAAGACGCGCUGGACCGUCUCAACGACACCGUUUCGGUCAUGAACGACGACGGGAGUAAUAAAAAGACACUAAACUCAUCCACAGUAGACGAUCUCAAGACUUGGCUUAGCGCGACCGUAACAGACCACGAGACGUGUUUCGACACGUUAGACGAGUUGGGUCAGAACAAGACAGAGUACUUGAACUCGACCAUCACUCAGAACCUGAAGUCCGCGAUGAGUCGGUCCACCGAGUUCACUAGCAACAGCCUCGCCAUCGCGGCCAAGAUCCUCGCGGCGUUGAGCGACUUCGGGAUACCGAUACACGGGAGGAGAAGACGGCUUUUGAUGAGUCGGGAGACCCCGGAGUGGGCGAGACGGAGGUUGUUGCAGACGGAGGGGUUGAAGCCGGAUGUGACGGUGGCGGGGGAUGGGACGGGGGAUGUGAAGACGGUGAAUGAAGCGGUGGCGAGAGUGCCGAAGAAGAGUUUGAGAGUGUUUGUGAUAUACGUGAAGGCUGGAAAGUACGUUGAGAAUGUGGUGAUGGAUAAGGGUAAGUGGAAUGUUAUGAUCUACGGUGAUGGAAAGACGAAGACCAUUAUCUCCGGCGGUAAGAACUUUGUGGACGGGACUCCGACAUACGAAACGGCUACGUUUGCUAUACAAGGCAAAGGGUUUAUAAUGAAAGACAUCGGAAUCAUAAACACCGCCGGACCAGAGAAACAUCAAGCGGUGGCGUUCCGGUCAGGCUCCGACUUCUCCGUCUAUUACCAAUGCUCCUUCGACGGUUUCCAAGACACUCUCUACCCUCACUCCAACCGCCAGUUCUACCGCGACUGCGACGUCACCGGAACAAUCGACUUCAUCUUCGGAAGCGCCGCCGUCGUCUUCCAAGGCUGCAACAUCAUGCCACGUCAGCCUCUCCAGAGACAGUUCAACACCAUAACGGCUCAGGGCAAGAAAGAUCCGAACCAGAACUCGGGUAUGUCGAUCCAGCGAUGCACUAUCUCCGGCAACGGGAACGUGACUGCUCCGACGUAUCUUGGCCGGCCGUGGAAGGAGUUCUCGACGACGGUGAUCAUGGAGACGGAGAUUGGACCGGUGGUGAGAGCUUCGGGGUGGUUGUCGUGGGUUGUGGGAAUUGACCCGCCGGCGAGUAUAGUGUAUGGAGAGUAUAAGAAUACGGGUCCGGGGGCGGAUGUGACACAUAGAGUUAGAUGGGUCGGGUAUAAACCGGUUAUGUCAGAUGCUGAGGCUGGGAGGUUUACGGUUGGUACUCUUUUACAUGGUGGUGGUUGGAUACAAGCGGCGGGAGUGGCGCAUCAAUUAUCUUGAUUUGUUACAUAAUAAUAGAGACCACAGUACUUGAGUUCAUAAUUUAUUUUUGUUUUUAGAAAUAUUUGAUUUCGAUCUACUUUCCAUUUAUUUGAUACGGUUGUACUAUAUUCUGGUGUUAUAGUUGGUGUAAUAGUAUUAUCCCUAAGGGCACCCACAUUAAUAAAC